AUGGUAGCGGAGAUCAUGACAGAGAUCUCACGCUCCAAGGAUGGAGUGCCUAUCUGGAAUGGAGAGGCUUCUUCCUUCCAGGAAUUCGAAGAGACGGCGAUGAUAUGGGAACAGUCUAUAGCGAUGAACAAGAGGUAUCUGUGUGGCCCCAAGCUCCUGGCGGAACUCACAGGUGCGGCAAAGCGCCUGGUGGCUGGGAAGCGACACGAUUGGGUGUCACAUCAAGGAGGAGUUCAGGAACUGAUGCGACACCUCCGUGCGUGCUUGGGGAAACCAUUGGUUUCUGAUCUGACGGAACACUUGAACAGAUACUUCAAGAACUCCCGGCGACGUCCCAACGAGAGCAUGAAUGAUUAUAUCACCCGCAAAUGCGAGGUGUACCUUCGGGCCUGCCAGGCCCUGCAGCGCGUCACUCCCCACCAUGGAGGAAAGACGUCAGCUGCGCCGACGAGUCACGGCACGGGGGGAUCGAGACGAUCCAGCUGGGACUCCAUGGCUACAGCUAACGGCGCAGAGGCAGCGACGGAGGUCCAGGCAGCGGCCCCGACCAACGAAGCCCAGGCUGAUGAAGAUGAUCCCGACCAAGACGGCGACGACCCGUGGUCGCAGUGGCGACCGGAGCAAGCCUGGUGGGGGAACAAUCAAUGGUGGGGAUCCUACUACGGCAGCUACAACAACUACUGGUCCGCGUCCUGGGAGUGGUCGCCACCAGCGUGGCAUACCAGCUCCUAUGACAGUCGGCCACCCGUGCCGGAGCUCAUCCCGGACUUCGUGCAAGGAUGGUAUCUUCUGCAGGACUCAGGACUUGACCAAGGAGAACGCAAUGUGAUUUUGGCUGCUUUGGGAGGAGAUUUUGGGCUGCAGAAGGUUGCGCAGGAACUGCGCAACCAGUGGGCGGGCCAGGAUGGCCAAAGACGUCGAGAUGCCGGAGGCCGCCAGAGCGGCUUCUGGGGCGAAGCUCCCGGGGACGAGGACGAGACGGAGACCUACGAGGAUGUGGAGUUCGAUCCUGAACAGGAACUCAACGAUGAAGAGCAUGCGAUGUGGGCUGGGGCGGAGGACGAAGCUCAAUCCGCCCUGGCAGCCAUGGACCAGGCAAAGCGAACUCUACGAGCAGCGAGGGCCAGGCAACACAAUGUCCGAUUGUCCAGGCAGUACUAUCGGCCCCAAGGACGUGGCAAUCCAGGCGGAGGUCGAGGCCGAGGCUUGGGACCCCGCGACGAUUCACAGCUUACCUGCUUGAGAUGCGGGAAGCUCGGCCACCGUGUGGCCAACUGCCCACAACCGGCACAAAGCGCCAAGGUCACGGAGUCAGUUGAUGCAACAUCCUCGUUCAUAUGCUACAGCGACCUGGAACGUGAGGAAGCCUACGCCACCGGCCUCUCAACCACAGAGGCAGUGCGAAAAGGGAUGGCAGUGAUUGAUGGAGGGGCAACUCGCACCCUCGCGUCAGUGCCUGCGAUGGAAGCGAUCAUGACCCUCAAUCAGAAGAAGCACGGCCACAACGGGGUGUCGGCCGUGGAUCUUCAAGAUCGCCCCGUAUUUGGCUUCGGAAACGGGUCCGAGAACCAGUGUGCUUCCACGGUGCACCUCAAGAUUGCCGCCAACGACUCCCCGGGCAACCUGAAGGUGCACUGCCUGGACCACGGAAGCGGGCCUCUUCUACUGAGUGUGGAAUCACUACGUAAACUAGGAGCCAUUGUGGAUUUUGCUGAGGACAUGAUCUGUUUUAGAAACUUAGAUGCACAAAAGAUUGUGCAAGUGGAGCGUUCCACGACGGGACACCAGUUGAUUUCUAUGACGGAAGAUUUAAUGACGCGAGCUCGGGUUGCGAAGGCAGCCGUGCCGAGCUUGCGUGAGUACCUACUGCACCUCCACGAGUUUGUGGUUUGCAACAUGGCCGUCAACCUCACCAAGCUCAACAACAUGACGAAGGAGCAGCUCAAGAACUACUUGUACGAGGAGUUCCACGAGCAUGCCUACACCAAGUGGACGAAAGCCGAAAUCCGCCAGCGCUUGCUGGAACUUCACAACGUGAAUGUGGAGGACCUUCACCGGGGCACGACGCUCACGGCGACCCAGCAAGCCAUCCGCGAGGUCCACAAGGCCGCGAAGAAAAAGGUGGACCUGGUCAAGUUGUGCGAGGAGCAGUACAAGAUGACGGUGGGGCGCAACGAUACCAUAGCGAUUUUGGAGGCGCGAGUGAUGAAGGUGAUCUACGAGACCUACGAGCCGGAGGCCGAGGAUGCCAUCGGCUUCGGCAAGAAUGGGCAUCUCCAGUACAAGGACAUGCUGGCGACCGAGCACGAGAACUACGCGCAGUGGGUAGUCACAACGGCCAAGGAGAAUCCGACGACGGGAUGCGACCCCCGCCUCUACCGGCUAGCGCGAUGGUUGGGGAAGCAGGACCUCGAGGGCCGUGCGAAGAUGACCAAGAUGGUGACGCCAAAGGCGACCCCUACGAAGACGACAAGAGGCUAUGUUUCUCCGACGGGGCCACGUGUGUCCCCAUCGAUGGCGAGCAGCAGCAGCGACCAGGUGGAGGCCCAGGACCGCAAGAUCGAGGCCAUGGCGGAGAUCCUCUCCGACAUCAAGGCGGAGCUGCGCGAGUUGAAGGGCGAGAAGGUUCGGAAGCAAGGCGGUCGUGCCUUGCCGGAUGCCGAGAUGUCCGAGGGGGCCCAGUCCGACACGUCGUUUUUCAAGAUCAACACACCCCCGACCAAGGUUCAGGAGGCCCAGGCCCAGAUGACGGAUGAUGGUGCUUUGGAUGAUGAACUGUGUCAGGAAGGUGUCGAGAUGCAGGGCUAUGAGGGAGAUGUGUCCGGUGAUGCCUACGUGGUUGGUAGCAUUGGAAGGGAGGUGUUUUCAGAAGCCCAGGUUCUUGAAGUGGAAGAAAAGGAGUUGCCCAACGGGCGUUCGGUCCUGGGACACGUGCGCGAAACGAGUCGCAAGAUGGUGCAGUUCGAUGCCAAACAGUGGCAUGCAACCGAGGCUUGGCACGGCAAUCGAGUUGUGUUAAGUGCUUUUGUGAGUCGUGGUUGGGACAAGGUGUCUUCGGAAGUUCAGGGGCUUAUUCGGAGAUUCGGAUUUGAGACUCCAGUGGCGAAUCGGAAGGAUGAGGCCAUGGUGAUCAAGGCACGAGGCCCAUGGACAGGUCCCCUUAAGAAUCACGGCAACAAAGAACACGAAGCCAUAAAACGGAAACUGUACCUCCUUCAUGCGGCAACGGGACAUGGCAGUGUGCGACAUAUGGUAGAUGCCCUGAAGCGGCGCAACGCGAAACCGCUAGUGAUCCAACUGGCCAAGGAGUUUACCUGCUCUAUCUGCCAGGAGAAAAGCAAGGUACAGCCACGACAAGUGGCAUCCCUUGAACCCCUGCCCCCAAAGUUUCAUACGAUCUCGGCGGAUAUAGGACAUUGGAUGCACCCGAAAACCCACGAACAUCAGAAUUUCAUGGUGGUGAUGGAUGAAGGGUCUCGUUUUCGGAUUGCCAGGGUUCUUACGAGAGGCCAGAAGCAAACCCCGAGUGGACCGUUGUGCACGAACUACAUGAGUGAGGGAUGGUUUCAGAUCUUUGGCAAACCGAAGACCCUGAGGCUCGAUCCGGCAGGGAGCUUUCGCGGGGAACACAUGUCAAGUUUCUGUGAUCGCCAUGGUAUUUUUCUUGACAUUAUCCCGGGGGAAGCUCACUGGCAAAUCGGGGCCACCGAGCAAGCAGUGCAAGGUUUGAAACAGCUGAUGAGUAAAUUGGCGGAAACCGAUCCCGAGGUUACAGCAGAUGAGUGCCUGAGCAUAGCAGUGAGCACGUUCAACCAGAGAGAGAUGGUGCGGGGUUUUUCGCCGACCCAGCAUGUGUUAGGACACAGCCCAGACCAGACAGGCCGACACGUGGCAGCGACUAGAGCGGUGCUUGAGGAGCCCAUCCUGAACAAUUCGGUCGCAGAAAUGCGACGAGAAGCGCAAUUGCGCGCUGAGGCAGAGAAGGCCUUAGCUGAUUGGACCGCUCAACAGAGAGUGACACGGGCCCUCAACUCCCGGACGAGGCCGCUGCAACAGUAUCAGCCAGGGGACUUGGUGUACUUCUGGCGCACGCAGGAGUCAGGACAAGGGAAAAGAAGCCCAGGCACGAAGCAAGGCCGAUUCCUGGGCCCUGCACGCAUCCUGGCGAUGGAGCCCAGGAGGACUUCGGAGGGCGAUCAGCGCCCUAGCCAUGCCGUGUGGUGCGUCAGAGGACGCCAGUUGAUCAAGUGCAGCCCGGAACAGCUUCGGCCCGCGAGCCAAAGGGAGGAGCUAGUGGAGGCGCUGUCAGAGGACCAAGGAACACCUUGGACCUUUAGCCGGCUUACGCAAGAGUUAGGGGGCAACCAGUUUGAGGACAUCAGCAGCGAGGUGCCUGACGACACCGAGUGGCAGCGGGCACAAGACGUGUCCCAAGAAGUGGCACCGACACGGUACCGUGUUUCGCGGAAACGGCCUCCUCCCACAGGCGAAGAGGCUGAGAUCGACGAGGAAGGCAUGGACGAGCUCUACGUGCGGGAGCCCGAGACGGAUCCUGUAAAUUUCGUGAGAGGUGGUGCCACGUCCUCCCGCGGAAAUCGGAGGACCGAGAUCGAACGAGGCUACUGCUGGUGGAACGAGAUACCUGAGGCAUCAUGGCAAGCCUCAGAGUCUUCCUAUUGGACGGACCAACAGGCAGCCGUCGCAGUGGAAGUGGACUUGCCACAAGGGACCAAGAACGUCAAUCACGCCACUCGGGACUUGGGAGCCUAUCUGGCCAGCGCCCUGAAACGCAGGGCGGUGGAAGUAUCCGAACGACGACUGACAGCCCAGGAACGCGAGCAGUUUGCCGCUGCCAAAUUGGUGGAGGUAAAGAAUUUCCUGGCUGCCGAAGCGUUCGAAGCAUUGCCAGAAACGCUGAAACCGAAUAGGGAUCAGGCCGUUGGGAUGCGAUGGAUACUGACUUGGAAAAUGCAAGAUUCAGGGCAACCCAAGGCGAAAGCCCGAGCAGUGCUGCUCGGAUACCAAGACCCUUCAUACGAACAUAGAGCAACCACGGCACCCGUAAUGACGAGACAGACGAGGCAAUUAUUAUUGCAACUGGCUGCUAAUAGAAGAUGGAGGAUUAUGAAGGGCGACGUGAGUGGGGCAUUCCUUCAAGGGAGAGCUUAUCCUGAUGAACUUUAUUGCAUUCCUUGUCCAGAAAUCUGUCAAGCCAUGGGCCUGCCAGCAGAGUCUGUAACGCGCCUUAAAAAGGCAUGCUAUGGGCUGGUGGACGCGCCCCUUGAAUGGUACAAGACUGUAUCCACUUACCUGGAAAGCUUAGGCUUGGAAAGAUUGUGGUCAGAUGCUUGUGCAUGGGUUUGGAGAAAAGAUGGACAGCUGCGCGGGAUGAUAUCAGGGCACGUGGAUGAUUUUAUCUUUGCUGGAUCUGAUUCUGAUAAAGAGUGGCAGGGAAUCCUGGAAAAGAUCAAGGCUCAUUUCAAAUGGGGUGAUUGGGAUUUGGAUGCUUUCACGCAGUGCGGAGUGCAAGUGGAAACGACUAAGGAUGGUUUUGCCCUAUCCCAACCCAAGUACUUGGAAGGAGUCAAUGAAAUCCACGUCAAUGCGUCUCGAAGGAAAACCAGGCAGGCCACUACCACGGAGCGAGAACGUACUCAGCUGAGGGGCCUACUCGGGGCACUCAGUUGGCACAGCCAACAGGUGGCACCGCACUUAGCUGCCGAUGUGAGCAUGUUGCUUUCGGAGGUCUCCCAAUCUACAGUGGAGACCAUGAUUAAGGCCAACACGCUUCUACAGCAUGCCAAAGCACGCCAGGACCAUCAACUAAGGAUACACAGAUGUGUGUCCAACGAGAUGGUGUUGGUUGCUUGGGUAGACGCCGGGAGCCAAAACCGGUGGGAUGGUGGUAGCACCCAAGGUGUUAUCAUCGGCGCCGCUCCCUCAGGACUGUUGAGUGGCGAAGUGGCCCCAGUGUCACUGAUAGCGUGGCACUCCAAUAGAAUUGAUCGAGCAUGCAGAAGUCCAGGUGCCGCUGAAACUCAAGCGGCAGUGAACGGGGAAGAUUCCCUGUUCUAUGCCAGGUUUCAAUGGAGUGAGAUGCUGUACGGCAAGAUCGAUCCUCGCGACCCAGAUGCCGCUGUACGACGCGUACCCGGUUGUUUGAUUACAGAUUCGAGAAAUGUCUACGACAAGCUGAUCAACGAAGUCGUGAGUAUAAAAGGGGCAGAAAAGCGCACCAACAUUGAGGCCUUAGCACUCAAGGAGUCACAACAGAAGACGGGCUUGAUCGUUCGGUGGGUCCAUUCUGAAGCUCAGUUAGCUAAUUCGCUAACAAAAUCAGGAGGGAAGAACGAGAUCGAGCUGUUCUACCGGCUACAGCAGCACUGGAGGAUCGUGGAAGAUCCAGACAUGAAGUCCGCUCGACGACGCAAGGAAGCAGGACUCGAACCACUUGCACAUACGGAGAAGCAGAUUUUUCAUAAGUCAGGGGAGCCUGAAAGCAGUACGGGGAGUCGGGACCGGGGGCCAUGCACGUGA